AUGUCUACCUCAAACACUACCCCUGGAGUCACCGCUGAAUCUGUUCCUGUGACUCAGGGAUCUGUCCUCAAUAUCAACACAACCAACAUCACUAAGCUCACCACCUCCAAUUACCUCAUGUGGAGUCGCCAGAUCCAUGCUCUGUUUGAUGGUUAUGAACUGGCUCACUUUCUCGAUGGAUCUAAACCAAUCCCAUCUAAAGUGCUCAUCACUAAUGGCACUGAAACCCCAAAUCCGGAGUUUAUUCUCCACACACGCCAAGACAAACUGUUCUUCAGCGCUGUUCUUGGAGCCAUUGCGCAAUCUGUGCAGCCUCUCCUCUCUAAAGCCACCACCUUUGCUGAAGUCUGGACCACGCUUGCUGCAACCUACGCCAAGCCCAGCCGCGGUCACAUCAAACAACUCCAACACCAACUGAAGAACUGGAAAAAGGGCACCAAACCAAUAUCUGAGUACCUUCAGGGAAUCACCACUCGUGUAGACCAACUGGCGCUUCUUGGGAAAGUCAUUGACCUUGAAGACCAGAUUGAGCUCGCCCUUGAUGGUCUCCCUGAGGAGUACAAGACUGUCGCGGAUCAAAUCGAAGGACGUGACACACCACCCACCUUCACUGAUCUCCAUGAAAAACUCAUCAAUCAUGAAGCUAAAAUCCUUGCUGUUCAGCCUUCCUCACCAUAUCCUGUCUCCGCCAAUGUCGCUACCAACAAGUUUCGCCCUUCUUAUCACCAGAAAAACAACAACCAUGGCAACACCAACUGGCAAGCCUCUCAACCUGCCCCUUCUUCUGACUCUCGCGCACCACGACCAUACCUUGGUCGCUGUCAGAUCUGCGGCACCCAAGGUCACAGUGCACGUCGCUGCUCCCUGCUCCCUCUGAACAGUGGACAAGGUCUUCUUCCCACUCCCAGACCAUGGCAGCCUCGAGCUAACUUUGUUGAGGCACCACAGUGGCUACUUGACUCCGGCGCCACUCACCAUAUCACUUCAGACUUGGCAAAUCUGUCUCUGCAUCAACCUUACACCGGAGGUGAAGAAGUGGUUGUAGGCAAUGGUUCAAGCCUACCCAUUACCCACACUGGUUCAGCUCUCUUCUCCUCCUCUUCUCGUCCAUUACAUCUUAAUCACAUUCUCUAUGUCCCUGCAAUAAGAAAAAACCUUAUAUCAGUCUAUAAGUUGUGCAACGCUAAUCAAGUGUCUGUUCAAUUUUUCCCGUCAUGUUUUCAGGUGAGGGAUCUCAAAACGGGUGUCCCAUUACUCCAAGGAACCACCAAGAAUGAGUUGUAUGAGUGGCCUAUCCCAAAGCCUUUCGCCUCCACAUUCUUCACAGCUACCAACAACCAAAAAGCCACAACUAUUGACUGGCACUCAAGGCUAGGCCAUCCGUCUUUUCCCAUUUUAAAACACAUUAUCUCUUCCUUUUCAUUACCACUUUCAAAUUCGUUGUCUCAAUCUCCUAUUUGCACUGAUUGUUGCAUCAAUAAAACUCAUAAAUUUCCUUUCUCCGAAAGCACAAUUACAUCCUCUCGCCCUCUCCAAUACUUAUUUUCCGAUGUUUGGACCUCCCCUAUUGUCUCAAUUGACAACUACAAAUACUAUCUCGUUAUUGUUGAUCACUACUCUCGCUAUGUCUGGUUCUAUCCUCUAAAACUCAAAUCACAGGUCCGUGAAACCUUCAUUCGGUUCACUGCACUUGUUGAAAAUAAGUUCCAGCAAAGAGUCGGUACCUUGUUCUCUGACAAUGGUGGUGAAUUCAUUGCUCUCCGUGAAUUCCUUGCUUCCAAAGGGAUCUCACACUUAACAUCUCCUCCGCAUACACCCGAACAUAACGGACUUGCGGAGAGACGACACCGCCACAUUGUUGAGACAGGUCUUACACUUCUCACCAAACAUCAUCAGCAUAUCUGA